AUGGCAGAGAAGCACACAUCAGAAGAGCUACUAAACACAACUCUUGUGUUUGAAGUGGAAGGCGGGGUAUUAAGCACGGAUAUGGGGUUGAAGAUUAUGGUGUUUAUAUGCUUCUGUGGGAUAAAAAAGGAAAAGUUUUCGAUUGGAAGGACCGUUUUGCCAAAAUUCUUUUUGGAGGAUUUAGGGUUUGAAGGGUUUCAGGUGGUGAUGAGAUGUGGGAGAAAGGUGGGCUUGAGUGAAUUGCCUAUGGUUAUGGUUGAAGGGUUUUUAAAGGAUUAUUUGGGUGUUGAUCGUGUUCUUGGGAGAGAUUUAAAAGUAGUUUGUGGGUAUUUUGUAGGGUUGAUGGAGGAGGUGCCAUCAACAAGAUCAAGUUUCUUGAUAAAUGACGUGUUUGGAGACAGAAAAAGUGAUAGUGAUCUCAUUGGUUUUGGUUGCUUCAACAAAACCCUUGAUCAUCAUAUUUUCUCUCAUUGCAAGGUAUAA